CUUAAGCUUACUUUGAGCUUCACGUGUCCACCAUGCGAAUCGUGUGCCUUUGUCUCCUGGCGACCCUCCAGCUUUCCUUGGCCGAUCGGGGUGCUCAGAGCCCGCCACGCCCGCGCCCGCGCCCGCGCCAGCAGGGCGCGCCGGGUCGGGCGCGGAAGUCGAGGCCUCGUGUCGAGGGCCCCUCGAUCUCCCUGGAGAAUCGAGGCCGCUUGCAACGACUGGAAGAGGGUGAAGAACCGCUCGAAGUGGUGGAGGAGAUCCUGCAACAUCCGGAAAACCUCACGCGGGUGAAGGAAGUGCAAGUUUUUCUGACAGCCUUUGGGAAGUUGCAGUUAUGGGAAAAAACCCUAGAGCUGUUGGAAGCGAAACGCACAGGCGAGUGGCCAGUGGGUGAUAUAGUGCUCACCAACACGGCGAUGUUGACAUGUGGCUUGGUGGGCCAAUGGCAGGUGGUGCUGGGGCUCUUAGCUGAUGCACCUCGGAAAGGGCUGAACAAGAUGUCUUACAAUUUGGCCAUGCAGGCUUGCUGCAACGCUGGAAAGUGGGAAAUCGUGUUGAGCUUGCUGGACCGGCAAAGAAUUCCGGACUUCGAUACCUUCAAUGUGACUUUACAUGCUUGUGCUCAAGGUGGCCAGUGGGAGAUUGGUCUAGCUGCCUUGGAUGAAAUGCUCUUGACGAAGACGCAGCCUUCAUGGACGAUGUACAAUCUGGGCCUUAUUUUGGCCGCGCAGGGUCGACGGUGGGAAUCUGCCCUUGCCUACUUGGAUGACAUGUGGACACGAGUCGUCAUUCCAGAUGACAUGACCUACAGCUCAGCAGUUGCUGUUUGCGAAAGGGCCAGCCAAUGGCGGCCGGCUUUGUCUUUGGUGCAAUCCAUGAAGAGGAAAGGUUUUCGGAUCAAAGCGGAGACCGUCCAAGCAGCCCUCAGAGCAUGUGAGACGGCCCAGGCCACGGCUGCAGAAGAGAUCUUGCGAAAGAUGUUGCCCAAGCCGACCAAGGAUGGUCCGAUGCUGGGUUGAGCAAGUGUAAAAUGACCGAAGCGUGAAGAUAUUGAUAUUUGCAACGUGUUUGUUUGCAAUGCUGCAUGCUUGCAUUAUUGUUUAAACAAUUUUAGAGUCAAGAGACUUCGACCUGCAGAGAAGGCUUUACUGUGCCUGUACCUCUUUAAGAUCUUUAAGCUUUGGCAGACUGGUAUUCGAACAUUUGGCUGUUGGCAGAAUACUUUGAACUCUUCAACUUGUUUUUUUACAGUUUCUUUGCAGCACGC